AUGAACACACACAUAGAGGGAGGAGGAGAAGCAGUUAAGGGAGAAGUAACUGAGGUGGGGGAGGGGGCACCUGGACAGGCCUGGCACCAGGACCCCCUUCUUCUGCCCCACCUAGGUGAGGUGUCUGGACGCACCCUCAUCGACAUUGGUUCAGGCCCCACCAUAUACCAGCUGCUUAGCGCCUGUACCCACUUUGAGGACAUCACCAUGACAGACUUCCUGGAGGUGAACCGCCAAGAGUUGGGGCUCUGGCUGCGGGAGGAAGCCGGGGCCUUUGAUUGGAGCACGUAUAGCCGGCACGUCUGCCUCAUUGAGGGCAAGGGUGAGUCCUGGCAGGAGAAAGAGCACCAGCUUCGAGCCACGGUGAAGAGGGUCCUGCCCAUUGAUGUGCACCAGCCCCAGCCCCUGGGUACUGGGAGCCUGGCUCCCCUGCCUGCUGAUGCCCUGGUCUCUGCCUUCUGCCUAGAGGCAGUGAGCCCAGAUCUUGCCAGCUUCCAGCGGGCCCUGGACCAUAUCACCACACUGCUGAGGCCUGGGGGGCACCUCCUCCUCAUUGGGGCCCUGGAAGAGUCGUGGUACCUGGCUGGGGAAGUCAGGCUGGUAGUGGUGCCAGUGUGUGAGGAAGAGGUGAGGGAGGCCCUGGUGCACAGCGGCUACGAGGUGCGGGACCUGCGCACCUACACCAUGCCUGCCCAUCUUCGGACAGGUGUAGACGAUGUCAAAGGCAUCUUCUUUGCCUGGGCCCAGAAGAAGGUCGGGGUGUGA